AUGCUUGCGUUUAAAAAUAUUAGCGCAAUUUUACCAACACGUCUUCCUUCAAGGCUCUUUAUUAUAAGACAAAGCUCUGCUUUCCGUCUGAUUUUAAAGAACAGAGGUCUUGCCAAACACUUAAUCGCACCAGCGGCUGAACCGCUGCAAGUCCGUCUGUCAGCGUGUGCAGGAUGUGGACUCUUUUCUAGUACACCCUUUGCGAGGUUCCUCUCCGAGAAAACAUCCAGUGAUAAAAAGGCAGAAGGAUCGUCUGUGUUUCAAGAGCUGGUUGAGUCCCGCGAGCAACCACAGACACAGCUGACGGUGGGAGCAAAAGGUAAAAUAAGUGUAUAAUAAUUGGAUAAUUUCCGUACUAUUUUCGGUAGCCUUGCGCCCCAUUCGAAACUUAAUCUCUGGGAAGACCGAGUGCGAGCUCCAGCUCUGAAAUCCUUGUUCUGACCCCCAGCUGUGUAUCAAGAUUUGCGCAUGCACCAUGGUUGGCUAAAAAUGACACUUUUUCAUUGUGGGGUUGGGUUGGGGGGGGGGGGGGUGAUCAGGUUGAAGGGAAAUUCAAAGUGCACCUCCAGUUAAUUAUUGUGUCUGUUGGGGGACCAGAACAAUGAUUUUGGUGCUGCUUCGCAGAUGUUACCAACCUGGGUUUAGAUUAUGCCUGUGACGCAAGCUACAUUUGCGAACAUACGGUUGGCAUUAAAGUUUGGGUCAGUCUCACUUGCUUAAAGCUGUGUGCAUCAUUCUAGUGUAGUGACUUUGCCAACGUCUUGAGUAACAUCAGCUAUUGUGAGAAUAUGUUAGAGGACCUUGAAUAACUAUAACAGAGAUCCAAAAGCCCCGUCAUUGGAUAUCACAACAAUCACAUUGUAGAUUAAACCUGCUAUACUGCAGGUCUAGAAUAAUGAUAAAAAUUCAAUAUCCCAAAUUAAAAUUAAAUUACCGAAAUACUGCUUCAAAAAUACCUCAAUAUUGCAAACCCUGAUGUCGCCCUCAGAAAAGGUAUUUCUUUUUGAAAGUUUUACAUGUAUUUGUGUGGUUCCUUUUUGGUGUGAAAUCGUAAAAUUAGCAUCAUCAAAGGAUGUGGAAAAAGUAGUCGACUUUUUCAACCUCCUUUGGAAAAGCAAAUUGUUUUGAAUUAUCAGGAGGUUUAAAAAAUAUUUAAAAAGUGAGGGCUCGAGAAAUCAGGAAUCUACUGUAUUUAAACUAACAAUGAGGGCGGGCAUUUUAUGGAGGAAUGUUACUUUUUUCAUAUGAAGAUGCAAACGUCUGGCUCUCUUAGAUGCAAUCUUCAAAGUGCUAUAUAUUGUCUGUGUUUUUAAAAAUUGCACCCAUUCGUGUUCUCCUAUUUUCAUUGUAAUCUCAAUUAUUUUGAUUAAUAUACUCUGAUUCCAGUUGUUCAAGCUGGAAAAGAUGUAAGCUACUUUGGUAUUAUUCUUAUUGGCUUUGCAAUUACUGGUAAGUUCUCAAUUUAUUUUUAUAUAAUACCGCAAUUUUCAGUGUUUGGUGUGUUAAAAUUAACCAGUAGAACUUAAUUACACCAAAUCUAUUGACUUGAUUUAAAAUUACAUUCAAUUUGCAUCCCUAUUGGCAGUAUAUUAAUAUUUGCUGUGGUUUAUUGACAUGUAACAAUACCCCAUAAUUAAUGAUAAUAAAUAACAACUGAAGUGGAAGUGGCUAGUCAUAGAAAUUUAUUGAGUCAUGAAGCAUAUGCUAAAACAGUGAGAUAAUUAAACACAAACAUGAUGAUUUUUAACUCAUUUAUUGCUGGCAAAAUUACAAUUUUGGUGCGCAAAUGGCCAAAUGGCUAACAUGUUUUCUUGCCGGCAAAUAAAACUUUUGAAAGCAUUUAUUUACCUCUUGCGGGGCCAUUUCUUCUUGUUAAUCUUUCUGUAUUUGAAACUAUUCUAUAAAAAACCGUUUUAAUUUACUUUGAAGCUUAUUUAUAAACAUGUGAGCAAAAUAAAGUAGCUAAGGACUAAAUUUGCUUUUAAAAACCAAAAAAACUUUUUCAGUGGUUUUAUCGAUAUGUGAAGGUUAAACCUACUAAUACGUUUUACCUGUAAAACCUGUAAACUGAAUUUUGUCACCCUCCUGGCGUUUUCAUGAACAGCUUCUUACAGUUUAUAGUAAAAUAUAUUUUACUGUAAUACUAGUAAGUAAAUCAGGAAGCCAUGCAUUUUGCUUGUAACUUAUGCGAGUUUGGCAUCGCUCCAACGUGAAUAGGACUGUAUCCCCCUAUUCACCCUAGUCACUCAAGUCGCCCUAGUCAUCCUAGUCACCCUAGUCAUCCAAGUCAACCUGGUCACCCUAGUCACCCUAGUCACACUAUUCCCCCUAGUCACCUACAUGUAAGUCACCCUAGUCACCCCAGUCACCCUAGCCUGCGAUCAUGUCCUCUCCCUUUAUCUCUGUAAUCUGUUUUCGGGAAGAGGGCAUGAUACUUUUCUUUCACAGAUCACAUGCAAAAAAGCCAGAAUCUGGACUUUUUUCUGAUUGGAUAGGAAACAAUACGGAUGAUUGGCGCUAUUCUGAUCAGCCAAAACGCCGCCAUCCGUUAGUUGUUGUUGAUUUCAGUCUGCAUUUUUGCUUGCAUAUAAAUGAGCAGUGAAUACACAUGCGAGUUCGUUAUGAAAUUUCUGCCGGCUCAGUUUUCUUGAAUUUAUAGAAUGUCUAAAUAGAAAUUUCAUCCAUUGAAACAUUUGUCCAUUUCAUGGUUUACUAAAAAUUGCAGUCAAAAUUUCACUGAUCAUUUGAAUGUAAUUUGAUACCGGCUACAAGUUACAGAAGCAACAAACAGGUUCACUUUUCAAAUAAUCAAUUCAUGAAUGGAAUCUUGGCCUGGAUUGACUGUAAUUUCCUUCUUCAGAAACCUGCAAAUUAUUCUGAGCAAUCUUUGCUUUCCAUCACUUUUCAGUUCGUGAAAUAUAGUGCUUCAGCCUAAUUUUUUUUCACUGCUUUCGCCACAGAAUAAACAAGCUUUUACCAGUAAAUUCUUUAUUAUUUGUAGCUGUUAAAUUUAGGUAUGGUACGGUAGUAUUUCAUCACCAAAGAAGAAUUUAAAAUUUUUUUUGGGAGGCGCCAUCUGAACGUACUUAAAAAUUUUCUUUUCCCUAAAAUUCAUUUCGAAAGAGACAUUAUUCCCACCAAAGUUUGAUUCCUGUCUGGUAAUUAAAUGCUGAUUGGCUAAUAGCAUGACAGGUCAAGCAGAUGUUAGAUUAUGUAAAUUAGGGGGUGGUUGAUGGCUUGUUAAAUGAAUGUAUCAGCCGUUAUUUUUCCCUCCCGAGCCAAAGAAGCAAAGAAGCAAAAAAAUGCCUGAUCUCAGGUUACAGUCAGCCAUGUUACCCUACUGACCCAAGUUACCCACAUUAGCCAUGUCACCCAAGUGACCUAAAUUCCAAGAGUCACCCAAGUUACUCAACUCACCCAACUGACCAUUAAUAAAUCUACAAUAUUUUCAAAACCCUUACCGGAAUAAGGAUUUGUGAUGGUUAUAUUUUGUCCAAUAUUGUUUUACCACUGGCUUUUUUAAAAAAAUGCAUUUCCUAACAAUAAUUAAGAGGUAAUGUUUUCUCUUUUUUUUCUUAGGUGCACUGUUAUGGUUCUUAGUAAGUGAGUUAUUUUUGGGCUUCAGUCCCAACAGGGUUUAUGCACAUGCUUUGAAGAAGGUUAAAGCAAAUGCUGAGGUAAGCUUGAAAGCAGCCAUGCAUUUGCCCUCUUUCUUUUGGUAAAUGAGAGAAUCCGGGCAGCUGUACACAGGCUAUAGAACACAAGCUCUUUUUGGUCCUUGCCAGUAUUACAGGGACACCCAACGACGAUUUCCUGCUAAAUACAUUGAAAACAGUUUUUAGGCUAUCCAGAGUGCUUUUAGACCUUUACAAAUGAAAUCUUAGCAACGCUAUAAAAUUUGUAUCUGUUCAGUCAUCCUAGGGGAACUUAAGUCUUUUCGAAAUUGCAAGGUCUUCAGUAUUAUUAAUUUUCUUGAAAAGUUGAGAUGCAAUUUAGCGCAUUACGAAAGUGAAAAUUUUUUUGAUGCCUCUCUCCAUCACAUUUUUUAAUCCGAAAAUUUUAGAUUUCGUUUUCCUAUGAAAAAUAGUCUAGCCUGGGGUGUGAAAUGUCAAAAAUUAAACUUCAGAAAAUUGUAGGGAAUUUAAUGUAAGCUUUGAAUAUUGUACCUGAAUGGAACGGUCAUCUGGAAAUUUUUAGUUGUCCUCAAGAAAUAGAAAAUUCUAGUUGCUUCUCUGAAGAGAUAUUUUACAGAAAACAGUCUUCGCGUGCCCCUGAGUAUUGCUGCUGUCUGUUGGCAAUUAGGUAUUUCUAAUGACACUCUCUUUUGUUAGCAUCAUUGCCCAUUAUUUCUAGCAUUUUUUCUCCUGGUUUUUAGGAAGAUUGCUCUUUAUUUGCUUGACAUCCUUGCUUCCUGUUGGUACACUUUAUGUGUUAAGCAUUAUUUUUAUCCAGUGCUUCUCAAUGACAUGAUGGCCUUUAAUUUAAUGGUUCUUACUUUUGCAGGUUGUUGAAGCAAUUGGAGAACCAAUAAUGGGCCAUGGAGAAACAACAUCUAGAGGAAGAAGGAGACAUGUUAGGUAGGGUACACUGUCACCUACUAAAUGGAGGCUAAGUUUGCAUUUUAAUAGUAACCAUCACUGCUGAAGAUAUUGUCUGUAAACCCAAUUUUAAUGACUGUUUCUCUCACUAGUGAAGUGUAGCACAUUUUUUUUUUUACAGUUUAAUAUGGAUAAGUACUAUUAAACCAGGCCCCGGUUGUUCAGAGGCUGAAUAGUGCUAUCCACCGCAUAAAUCUCUAUCCAGCGGAUAGCAUUAUCGAUUUCCGUGAUACUUUCCCACUGGAUAGUGAUUUAUCCGGUGGAUAGCGCUAUCCAACGUCUGAACAACGGGGGCCAGGGUUUUUUUUGUUGGGCAUUUAAAGUACUAAUAAAAUUAACAGCUGAUAUUCACAUGAUCACUUUGAUUGCUGGAAAUAAGAUCUAGUGACUUAUUAGCUAUUACAUUGAAACAACUCCAUUGCUUGACUAUAUCCCAGUUUUCAGUUGUUGGUAGAAUCGUCUGUGGUGGUACAACCUCAUGUUAAUACAAUUGCCUCUUCUCUCUUUUUUACUGGGAUUUUUCCCCUUAUGCAAAAUGGUAUUUUGCUGAAAUAAGCACAAUUUCCAUAAAGGCAGUAUCAAUAAUUAUUGAAAGUAGUAUUCAGUCAAAGGCUUGAGUACCAAUCACAUAACCAUAUGAUGGUCUGUUAAAAUGAUGCAACAAGUAAUUCUGAUAUAGAGUCUGGCAGGUUCCUCAUAUAUUUAUAAGGUUGUUUGGAUUUGUAGAUGUUUUAUUAUUUCAUUGCCAUUCCUUUAUGAUACAGUUACCAAGAGUAUUUAGUGGAAGGUGAAAACUAUAUGCGGGUCAAGUUUUAUGUAAAAGGAUCAAAAAGAAAAGGGACAGUUCAUGCUGAUGUAAAACAGGUAACUCUGUAAAUGAAGUGAGUGACACUCAGUGCCCACUCCUUCAUGCAGCAAUUCACAUAUUAGGUAGUGAAAAAUGGAGAAAAGCAUAAUUUGGCCGGGAAGUGGGAAGAGUGAGGCUGGACAAAGGGAUUGUCUCCCCUCUUUAACAGAGUGUAAAUUAUUAUUUCAAAUUAAAAAUUUUUCCUUAAAUCAUUUUUCCAUGCACAAAUGCCCUGCGUUUUCAAUAAUCAAUAAUGGCAGGUGGUGGGUGCAUGGAAGGAGGAGGGGGAGAAGGAGCCCCCUCUGCAACUACCACAUACAAAAUAAUGAUAUUACUGCCUGCAUUUAGAACUUUUUCCUUAGUAUCACUUAACAAUACUAUUUUCCAUCCAAACUCCUCCUUUUCCUUGGUGUGAAACAUUUUUUUUAUUGAAAUUAAGUCAUCUUACGAAAGAGCACUUCUGCUCACAGUUAGGCAAACAUGUUUCCCAUCUGAUGACAUGAACCCCCACCAUGAUUUCACAGAUUUUUUAAUGGCAAUUGUUCAACCCAGUAGCAUAGCCAUUUAUGCAGGAUACCUAUUUUAAUGGCUACGGAUAGAAAUAAGUUACCUGUACCUUCACAUGUAAGCAGUCAUUAUUAAAAUAAUUUUGUUUUACAGACAUACAGUAUUUGAAAUAAUUGGACAGAAUAUGCAAAUUCUGUAAAUUUUUCACAGAAAUGUGCCCAUUGUUUUCUUUUAUUUCAGGGAUCACGUGGCAAUUUUGACUAUCGCUUCAUCUUUGUAGAACUUUCACCUUAUGAAACAAUAGUCGUCUUGGACAAUCGAUGA